AUGCUGCCCCUCGGCCUGCUCAAUGCCGCCCAGGGCCACCCCAUGCUGGUCGAGCUCAAGAACGGAGAGACCCUCAACGGCCACCUUGUCAACUGCGAUACGUGGAUGAACCUGACGCUGAAAGAGGUUGUCCAAACAAGUCCUGAAGGAGACAAGUUUAUGCGCUUACCAGAGGUCUACGUCAAGGGUAACAAUAUUAAAUACCUACGAGUUCCCGAAGAAAUCAUCGAGCACGCGGCCGAGGCGCAAAAGAACCAGCAGGGCAACUUCCGCGGCGGCCGCGGCGGCCAUUCGAGAGGCGACCAUGGCGGUCGCGGUGGCGGCGACAGAGGCCGUGGAGGUCGUGGCGGUGGCCGUGGUGGGCGAGGUCGUGGCCGGGGACAGUGA